CACCACCAUUUCUAGAAAACGCACUCGACACCAAAAUAUUCAUCAGCCACGACGUCAACGAAGCAAGAUCUCAGUUAAAAUACAGUGUGUCUCCAAAACAUAUCAAAUUGAAUCGAAUACAAAGUGCAAUUUCCGGUUUGUCGCCAUGACGAGUGCAGUUCCGGCCAUUUUAAAGUAUUUGAGCGACAGCAGCAACUACAAUAUUGACCAAAAUAUGGAGGCCCCUGUUAGGGCCAAAAAGAGGCGGUUGGACCAUCUGACGUGGGAGGAAAAACUACAGCGAAAGAAGCUCAAAAACCGCGUGGCUGCCCAGACGUCCCGCGACCGCAAAAAGGCCAAGAUGGACCAGAUGGAGAAGGCCCUCCAGGAGUUGUUUUCGAAGAACGAGGUUCUGGUGCAGGAGUGUGAACGCUUGAAGGGCUUGAACGAGCGGUUGUCGGCAGAGAACGCGUCGCUACGAAGCCGAUUUUCGACGUGCAGUUGCCCCCAGAGCCGGUCUGUCGAAUGUGAGAGUGCAAGUGGACCAGCAGUGUCCCUUCUUCGGCCGCAAGGAGCGCUCACACAUUCAGCAGCGGCUCUGAGCCAGCAAACGGCACUGUUGAAGUGUGUUGGCCUGCCUUCUCUACCGGACCUCCUUGACGAGCUCAACAGCGACGUGGACAUCUCCUCCCUCGAGCAGCUCACGCAGAGCCUCCUUCAGGAUAUCGCCAGAGACCUGGAGGCUGCUGCUGAAAAGGCAGAUAUUCAAGAACAAGUUGCUUGUCAAGAAGACAGUGCAGGACAAGUGGUGGGGCCGGCACCAGAACAACUGGAACCCGAUGGAAGUGAAGUGUUGAGUGAAAAGCAAGAUCCGCUCAUUAAAGAUAUCUCACAGUAUCUUUUGCUACAUCACAAUUACAGCGCAAGACCACCACCUGAAGAUGAAGUGAAAGCACGACGCACGAGCACGACGAGGGCGCAACAAAGAAAUAAAUUAGCUUCGGAUUAUGUGUUGGGUACUUAUGACGAAAGCACGAACUGUAUCACGAUUAUUGUGGAUGAGGAUAUGGAGACAAGUACGAUUGAAGAAGGGGUUUCCCCCGGUGAUGAUGAGAGUUUGUUAAGAGUCGAAACGUCGCUCGAGUGUACUUCCCCGAGGUCGAGUUCGAGCUCGGAUUGUGGGUACGAGUCGCUUGGGUCGCCUGAGAGUCAGAACGAGGAUUUGUGGGAUGAUAGUGUCUCGGAAUUGUUUCCAUCGCUUUUGUAAUUAUUUAACAACUUAAUUAGGAGCUAAUUUAUUUUUAUUUUUGUAUGUAUAUAGUGUGAGCGAAUAAAAUUGUGUAUGUAGUAA